GAUCGUCUUAUGAUGAAUAUUACUUUUAGAGUGAUGUGUGCUGAAACUUCAGACCAUUUUUGACAUCUACAACAAAAUUUUCUGUUAUUCAGAAUCCUCAAAAUUCUACGUAAAUCAAAUUUUAUAGAUACUAAUUUAAUUUAAUUAAUUACAUGAAUAAGACAAGCAUGAGCGGAUUCAGAAUAUGGGCAUUGCAAGAUUUAUCAUUAUUAUACAUUCUGCCGGCUAAAUCCUUGCAGCAUGAAACGCUCGUGUCCACGAACACAUUUAAGCGUUGCCUUUCGAAUUUUCUCAACUCCUCUCGCAUACAAAAGAAUACUCAUAAGAGCAGAAGAAUUAAUUUAUCAACAAUUUCCAAUAAUCUGGAGCCUAUCUUUCCAACAUGGAUGGCUUUACCUGAAAUCACCAUGACAACCUGGAAUUCUCGAUCACCCACGUAUUUUUUGCCUUCCAAAGCGAAUACGGAAAUAAUAAUGCGUCCAAAGGCAUUAAAACCUCUCAUUAAAUACGAAGAGUUGCCGGAUAGAAAUUCAGUAUCUAGAACCAAAGACUUCAAAACGCUUCCAAACGUUCAGGCUGGUGAUUUCGAUUUUGUAUAUGACGACAACACUGUAAUAAAAUCUGAUAAAGUCUGCUACGAUAAUUGCACUUCAAAAAUAAUUUUCACUCUUCAAGAAAAUCCAGAACUCAAAAUUAAUCGUACAAUCGAACAAGAAUUGAUUGAUUUAUCGAUUUCUACCACUGCGAGUAAUGUGGAUUCUUCGUCUCCCGCAAAGUCAGAAUUAAAAACACCAGAAGUCAAGCAGCAGCAAUCGCGAGAUCGGCUCAAGUUACAAGACGAUCAACAUUCCCGAAAAUACGAUUCGUCGCAAUCUCUGGAAUUUCGGAAUUAUACGCAGAAAGAUAGCAUUUCGCAAACGUCUGUAAUCACUUCCAAGCCAUUACCAUCUUUAUUUGAAACAUUGCAAGGAUCGAAUACGAUGACGAAACCGCUGAAAUGUACGAAAGAUGCACCAUCCGUAUUUGCGGAAAUAGAAAUCUCGCGCAAUAUUUCAUCAAAAUGGUUCUCCACAGAGCGAUCACAUCCUCUUAGGGAAUAUCAUACAUGGAAAACCUCUAAGAUCGAGAAUAUGAUAAAAAACGAAGACCGCCAGUUCUUCGCGUCUGAUAUGCAACAAUGCACAACGCGACAAGGACAAAGUGCGGGCUACCAAUCGUCUCGCUUUAGUCAUUUAGCUUACUCCGGAAGUUCGGGAAAUGAAGGAUCCCGAAAGUCAUAUCUACCUUCUGUACCGCGUCGCGUUUUCUCUUCAAAAAGUUACACCAUGAUCCAACAAUCUGUUCGAGAGUUUGAAAAAUUGAGAAAGGAUUUAAAUGCAAAUCCAUUGAUUAUUCCUUUGAACACCACACGCUCGCAUCCAGAUCGCAUUUCUCUGGUAAAGCUGCAGUCGUUUUCCUUCGACGCUUCGAAGAAAAGAUCCGCCGACUGUGAGAAGGAUGGUAAGUCGCAACGCUCGAAACGCGAAGUCGAGGCCGAAAGAGAUGACGGCGCGUGUUCUCGGGAGGCUACAAGGAGAUCGAAGAGUAAAAAGUUCUGCGGGAAAACGCGACGGGAAGACACGUGUGUCUCGUCCCAAGCUGACACGUGUGAGAAACGACAGGACGGAAAAUCUAAGCCAAGCAAAAGAUCCACGUGUCCUGAACCGAAGAAGCGGAAGCCAUGCAGUUGGCUCGAGGAGCGAUGUCCUGACCCUCGGAAGUGCGACGCGAAGGCACGAGUCUCGUCCAGGGAUCGCGCACAGCAAGAUUCUAACUGUUCACGAAAACAAGAACGGCAAUCAAAGUCUGAAGGCUGCGAGAAAUCCGACGAGACGCGUGCAACUUGCCAGGAUUCAAAAGGAAAGAAUGAUUGUAAAUCAAAAUACGAGAAACGUUACGUAAAGCGCGAUAACAGCAAGAAGGAACGAAAGUGCACCGAAAGCACUCGAAAGCGGUCUAACAGCGGCCGCAAAAGAAAUUCUUCCCGAGCCAGUGACGAAAGCUGCAGCAAAGGAGACGGAAAACGACGUUACUCGCAACAAUCAAUUUUCCCCGGCCCGCAAGAUCGUAAAUUUUUCUCCACUUUGAUUUCCGAUAUCGUUCGCGACACGAAUGUAAGCAAGAGACUUUAUACUGGCUGUAGUAAAGAGGAGGAUCAAAAACUACCAUCUUGCGAGAAAACAAAGAGAAAAUGCGGAACCAAGGAGAAAGAUGAAAUCAAGAAAAAGUGCACGAAAGAACCGGCCAAAUGUAUAUCAAGGGAAAAGACUACUAAAAUGAAAGUUUGUCAGUCAUUGCAGAAAGAAAAGGAAGACGAUAAGAAAUCAUGCGAAUCUACGAAAAAAUCCUGUCAUGAGAAAUAUUGUACCGAUAGAAAAAAAUCUAUGAAAGUUUUAUCAGCAGCUUCACUACAUACAUUAUUAAUUAAUUUUUAUUUUUUCGUUACAAACGAAAAAUUGAAAGAAGAAACAGUGAAAACACCUCCAUCACCUAAAGAGAAAGACAAAAUGCCUAUGGAUCAGUCGAUAAAGGAACAGAUAGAUCGCGAAUAUAAAGAGAUAGAUGAAUGCAAGAAAGGCUAUAAGAAAGAGAAAAAGGAUGAUAAAGUCAAAAUCGUUUCCACAAAACAUAAGCUAACGGAUUUGACUCGCAUAAUUAGUUCGUAUGAAGAACAACAAAGGAUGGAUGGCGAAAAGUUUGCAAGUACACAUAACAAAUCAAUCAUUUCUACGGAUGCAGUAUUUAAGUGGUUCAACAUUCAAUCUAGGAUUAUUAAUGGCAAAAUUCCAAUUAUCGUCAAGGAUGUCAGACUGUCCAAUGUAAUGUUUGAUCGAUCGUUCUCUACUGCGAAACUGGAUUAUCAGGAUGAUUUUGCUACCGAACGGACUAUGAACGAUGAUAAAACGGCUCAGAACUGUUCUGCGAAUAGCGACGAUUUUACCCACGGUGAUGAAUUGCCGAAUUAUGUUGAAAUAGAGUACGAGGACGAAGAAGAUGACGGUUACGAUUCGGCCACUAUAGUCGACCGGUCUCCGAAAUCGAUUGAAUCGUGACGAGAAGGUCACACAGUAAAUAAUAAUUUAAUGUACGCAAGUAGUAAGAAAAAAAAACAGUUUUAUUACAAUUGUUUUACACUUUGUCGUAACACGAUAUAGAAGAAUGCGUUGAUGAUCCAACGAAAAGUGAAAGAUAGCUUGAUGUAACGUGACUGCAUCUGUACUUUGCUCUUUCUCAAAAAAAAAUUCACUUAAAAAAAA